UUGAUUUUGUUAAUUUUUGAAAAAAUUAAAAAGUUCUUAAUUUCUUUUGGCUUCAUCAUAAGUAUUGUUAUCCAUCGAGUGCAGAAUUAUUUUUCUCGUGAUCACAGCAUUCAGUUUUAGUACUUACUCUUUACGGUGUAUUAGUGCUGAGCCGAUGGUCGAACGCGAUAAUGGAGGGAGAAUCGCGAGGACGUCUUCCUGAAGUGGAAGUUUUGCUGAAGAAGGCUAAAGGACGUAUGGCAGCAGAUUUGAUCAGACAGCUUACGGAAAUCUCCGACGUCUAUCGCUUUCAGAACUACUUAGUGCUCCCUAACAUACAGGACCUCCGGAAGACAGAUUACUUGCCCGCAGUGCAGCUGCUGACGCUCUUCUCAUCUGGAACCUACAAGGUGUUUGCUGGAAAUACCGGAGCUUAUCCAAGUCUGUCAAACAAGCAGGUGUUCAACUUACGCUGCUUAUCACUUGCGUCAUUGGCGAAGCGUUCCUCUAGCCAGAAGAUCUCGUUCCGCAUCAUCGAGGAGGAACUUGGACUGGGCGAUCAAUGGCAAGUGUUCGACUUCCUCAUUGAGGCGCUGAAUUACGGUUACAUCAAAGGAAAAAUUGACGAAGCGGCUCAGAUGUUGUACGUGGAGGAUUUCGUCACUCGCGACAUUGAGCCGGACGAUGAAAAGAUGGUUAAGGCUAAACUCACCACAUUCAUGAUGGCCUGUCAGAACACCAUGGAAAAACUAAAGUCGGAAACUGCCAGGGUUGAAGAAUUUAAGAAACAAGCCGAAGCCCAGAAGAAGCAGAUUGACAAUAAAAUUGAAAACGUCAAGGGCUCCAUGGGCGAUGACCAUCACAUGGUGGCAGAUGAACUUUACCGUCCGAGAAUGGAGAAUGUGUCCAAAUUUUUUCGGAGCAGCAAACCAAAAAGCGCAUCCAGAGGUGGUUCAUCCAAAAUGGGACGCUAUUAGAAGAGGAAGUUUCCUGUCGUCAGUGAGUUUGAACGGAUUUUCUCAUGCCUGACCGCUGAAAUUUCUGAUUUUGUUUCAUUUAUUGUUUGAAUUAUUCUCUUUGUUUGGAGUCUUUCGGAAUAGUUCAUUAGCAUUCGGAUUGGCGCAGUUUUGCUCAGUCAUUGUAGAUACAGUAACUUUCGUUAUUUGGAAUACUUCUGCAUUUAAUUCCCGAACCCUUUGAUAAAACAGUUUCCAGAUUCGCAAACACCAGAAAAAGUUACAAAGAACAGAUGAAAGUGCUGAACUGUGGGUCCGUACUG